AUGCCAUUUAUUGAUCUUCAGAGCAGACUCGGCAUUAAUUUAGACAGAUGGCUGCUGCUGCAGAGUGGCAAGCAGGUACAUCAUGAAGCUGGACGUUGCCACGCAUUUGAGAAAGAAUGGGUGGAGUGCUGCCAUGGCAUUGGAAAAAUCCGAGCAGAAAAAGAGUGCAAGGUGGAAUAUGAGGACUUUUUGGAGUGUAUGCACAGAACCAAAACACUGCAGCGUUUGAAGGCCAUCAGGGAUCAGAUGGAGAAGCUAGAGAAGGAAGGGAAAUACAAAGCUCCAGAUUUCAGUAAUGAUCAAAACACACCUUAA